AUGAAUUUGUCGUAUGUUAUAAGAAAUGUGGACGUCGUUGGCGGUAUCACAGGCGGAGAUAAAGACGGAUCGAAGGGCUUGAUUGGAGGAGUUUUGGAUGGGACCAAGAACGUCGUCGGCGGUGUCGUGGGCGGAGCCAAGGACGUUGUCGGCGGUGUCGUGGGCGGAGCCAAAGACGUUGUCGGCGGUGUCGUGGGCGAAGCCAAGGACGUUGUAGGCGGUGUCACGAAUGUUACCGGUAGCGUCGUGGGCGGAGUCAAGGACAUCGUUGCUGAAAGCGCAGAUACGCUCAAUAAAAUCGUUGUCAACUUGUCAAACGCAUUGACAAACAUCACCAGCACCUUCAAUCUCAACUUGACGAAUCAGAUCAAGGAACUGCUGAAGAACAGAAAUGUUAUCGAAAUCUUGAAGAAACUGUCAUCGUCACAUCUACUGAGCAAGAUGUUCCCAAUUACCGCAAUAAUUGUGAAAUUAUUGAAUGCAUUGAUUUCGUCCGUUGUGGAAAUCAUUUCCACUAUUGCCAGACUGAUAAAAUCAGUGUACGAUAAAGUGAGUAAAUUAUUCACCGACAUUGUAACACGCAAUGUCAUCAACGUAGUCUAUCGCGUAUUUCAAAUUACGCGUUAG